GACUGUAGUGGUGGGUAUUCUCCAAUCAAAUGUGAUCCACCAGAAAGUUGAGAAAAAACAAAAGAAACCAGAAAAGUUGUAGGGCUAACCACCCAAUCCAUGGAGUUGCCAACUGGACGGGGCUUGCAGCAAAGAUUGAAUGAACAAUAAUUAGAGUAUACAUAAAAGUGGAAAACCUGAGAGUAUGAGCGAAGUUACAGCAGGUUCAUUGACUCUGUACUAUAACGGGGUGAAAGCUGGGCACUUUACAAGAGAAAAAUGGAAAGGGAAGCUAAAAAAGGCAGAGUGGAGAUGCCAUGGAGUGGUCAAGAACCAGAUGACCGUAAAACCUACUACCUACUCUUCAAGGAUUUCAACUGAUAUCCCUCUCUUUGAGUCUCCUGGGGCUUCAUUUGAUCAAUAUUUGGAGGAUAAGCCCAGGGUAUUCAAAGCCAUAUUUCCUGAUAAAAGGAGGAGCCACCAACUGAAUGAGGAAGAGUGGAGAAUUCAGAUGCUGCCAAUAAAUUUUUUGUUCCUUACUGUCUGGCCAACAGUAGACAUGAGGCUGAGAUGCAAAUCAGGAGGGAGAGAUUAUCCGCCACAAGUACCUUCUGACAUCACAAAGGUUCUUCAACUAGACAUUAUAAAGUGGGAGCUCCGUGGACUGGACAAUGUUCUUGAGCCAGCUCAUUUCGCCCUUGGUGUAAAAGGAGCCUUGUAUCCUGAUAGACGGGGAGCACGAAGCAGGCUUAAAGGUCGGCUGGAGAUGAAUAUAAGCUUUGUACUUCCUCCUGUGCUUGCUUUGAUACCUGAAGAUGUUCGAAGAAGCGUUGCAGAGUCGGUGUUAACAAGAUUGGUGGAGAACAUGAAGGAUAAAGUUAAUGGCAAUUUGCUUGCAGAUUAUGGUGAGUUCAAGAGGAAGAGACCUAAAAACCUGCAGGUUUGAGCUUCAUGGAUGUUUUGGGUCACUGAUGUUCAAAUCCAUUGGAGCCAGUAAGUGAUAGAUUAAGGAGUCAUUUAGACAGAGGUAGAGAAAGAUCAGUGCCUCUGGUGUAUAGAGAAGUCUUUUUAUAAUCUGAUAUUGUUGGGAUAAGCAGCUUCUUGAGGCCUUCUGUAUUUAUUUGGUACUCUCAUCAUGUCUAGUAAGUAGUAGAUGAUAAGGUUGCUGCAGCCCAUGAUUUAAAUUUAAUGACAAGGAAUUAUUGUACAAGUUCACUGAUGCAGGUUGGCAUCCAAGUGGCUGAGCAUUAAAAGUUGCUGAAGGUGAUAUGAAGGGUCUUCCUUGUUUGAAA